ACGAUCGCGUUAGGAGAAACUUGACACUCGUGACAGUAGUUUUGCAUCGUUCACGGGAUUGAACCUAACCGCCUGAAGUCUGAACCACGUUACUGAACCAGUAAGGGAAACGUAAGUGAAUCAUAUUAUCGUUUCGUUUCGACCAUCAAAAGAGUCGGGUGUGUGUGGUGGGCGCGAGAAAAUCAAAGGAGUGCGGAUAUUACUGCGCGGCACGUUGUGGAAGGAAGCAGAAACUGAGCACUGGCAGGAAGUGGGUAGAAGGGGGGUAUAUCGUUGAGCCAGUUGAUUCGGUGGUGUCUACAUGUGGCUGUCCGCCGGUCGUGACAAGGAGACGUUUCGUAUCAGCGUAUAAAAGUUACGUAUCGCAACGGUAUCAGCUGAAACCAAAAGCCGAAAUCAUGCAGAUGGAUCCAACGACGGUGCAACUGAUCCAAGUCCUCGAAAGGACCGUCUCGUCAGACAAAAAUGAGCUUGAAGCAGCUCAGAAUUUUCUGGAACAAGCAGCACAAGCUAGUCUUCAUGAGUUCAUGCAAAGACUCAGUGGGGUGUUGGUUACGGCUGCUGCAAGUCCAGUUGCCCGUAUGGCAGCAGGUCUACAACUCAAAAAUCAACUCACAUCCAAAGAUACCCAGUUGAAAUAUCAAUAUCAGCAACGUUGGCUUGCAAUUCCUGUAGAUAUCAGGGAAUUUAUCAAGAAAAAUAUUUUGGGAGCACUUGGGACAGAGAACAACAGGCCAAGUUCAGCGGCCCAAUGUGUCGCAUACGUUGCGGUUGCUGAAUUACCUGUUGGACAGUGGGGUGAUAUUAUUCAGUUACUAGUCAACAAUGUUGCGAAUCCAGGCAGCACUGAGAUAAUGAAGGAGGCAACAUUAGAAGCCAUUGGUUAUAUUUGUCAGGAAAUAGAAAGUGAUGUUUUGGUACCUCAGUCUAAUCAAAUUCUCACAGCAAUUAUUCAUGGCAUGAAUGGGUCUAGUACUUCGAAUCACGUUCGUCUUGCAGCUACAAGUGCACUCUACAACUCUUUAGAAUUUACAAAAGGGAAUUUUGAAAUAGAGAGGGAGAGAAACUUUAUUAUGGAAGUAGUGUGUGAAGCAACACAAUCCUUGAACACUCAAGUUAAAGUAGCUGCUUUACAGUGUCUUGUGAAAAUUAUGUCCUUGUAUUAUCAGUUCAUGGAGCCUUAUAUGGCGCCAGCUCUAUUUCCUAUUACAUUGGAAGCUAUGAAAUCAGACAUAGAUGAAGUUGCACUACAAGGAAUUGAGUUCUGGUCAAAUGUAUCGGACGAAGAGGUAGAUCUAUCCAUGGAAGAAGGAGAAGCUACAGAUGGAGGGAGACCACCUGUAAAAGUAUCAAGGCAUUAUGCGAAGGGAGCACUGCAGUAUUUGGUACCAGUUCUGAUGAAAAAACUAACCAAGCAAGAAGAAUUUGACGAUGAAGAUGACUGGAAUCCCUCUAAAGCAGCCGGAGUGUGUUUGAUGUUACUGUCUUCUUGUUGUGAAGGGGCUAUUGUUCCAUUUGUUCUUCCAUUCGUGAAGGAUAACAUUAAGAGUCCAGAUUGGAGGUAUCGGGACGCUGCUUUAAUGGCCUUUGGAUCGGUUCUUGGUGGCUUGGAUCCUGGAACUGUAAAACCAUUGGUAGAACAAGCCAUGCCAACGUUGAUCGAACUGAUGUAUGACAGCAGCGUCGCUGUAAGAGACACUGCUGCAUGGACAUUCGGUCGAAUCUGCGAGAUUAUACCAGCAGCAGCGAUCAACGACACGUACUUGAAACCUCUGCUAGAAGCUCUGAUAAAUGGCUUGAAAGCAGAGCCACGUGUGGCGGCAAACGUUUGUUGGGCGUUUACGGGAUUGGCGGAAGCCAGUUACGAGUCUGCGGACGCGUCUGAACGUGGGUCACAACCAGAGACUUACUGCAUGUCUCAAUAUUUCGAUUUCAUCGUCCAAAGACUAUUAGAAACGACAGAUCGUCCCGAUGGAGCUCAAGCGAAUUUAAGGUCUGCUGCGUAUGAGGCUUUAAUGGAGAUGGUCAAGAACUCUCCCCGCGAUUGUUACGUAACCGUGCAGAAGACGACUAUGGUGAUCUUGGAGAGGUUGCAGCAGGUACUGCAGAUGGAAACACAUAUCCAGACACACUCCGAUCGGGCACAGUACAACGAUCUGCAGUCGUUGCUCUGUGCCACUUUGCAAUCCGUACUACGUAAAGUUACUCCAGAGGAUGCCCCUCAAAUAUCAGACGUAAUAAUGACGGCGUUAUUAUCCAUGUUCAAUUCGAACUCGUGCAAAGCUGAAGGUGUCCAGGAAGAUGCUCUUAUGGCUGUAUGUACCUUGGUCGAGGUGUUGGGAGAUGGUUUCCUCAAGUACAUGGAUGCUUUCAAGCCUUACCUCUUCCUCGGUUUGAAAAAUCACGCAGAAUACCAAGUCUGUUGCGCCGCUGUCGGUCUGACUGGCGACAUUUGCCGAGCUUUGAAGAACAAAAUGCUACCUUACUGCGACGAGAUCAUGACUCUGUUGCUCGAGAACCUUGGUAAUAACACGGUCCACCGUUCCGUGAAACCACAAAUUUUCUCUGUUUUCGGUGAUAUUGCUCUCAGUAUCGGACCCGAAUUCAAGAAAUAUUUGGACGUAGUAUUGCAAACGUUGACGCAAGCCUCGCAAGCGACCGUCGACAGGAGCGAUUACGAUAUGAUCGAUUACCUGAACGAACUCCGGGAGGGUGUCCUCGAGGCAUACACCGGCAUAGUGCAGGGUCUCAGAGGCGAUGCUACGAAUCCUGGAUCGGACGCUGCGGUUGCCCUCGUGGAGCCACACGUACCUUUCAUCAUUCAGUUUAUUACCACGAUAGCUCAGGAUCGCGAACAUUCGGAAGGUAACAUAUCGGCCUCUGUUGGCUUGCUCGGUGACUUAGUCACGGUGUUCGGGGUAAAAUUAUUGCCAAUGGUAGAC